UUUUGAUCUGUAGAGAGGUAAACAUUCAUAAUUCGCAUCGAGUAUUAACAUUUUGAUAAAAGGAACUUGAAAUCAUAAAAUUUUUAAAGGUAAUUUGAAUGCCUGAAAUUUCUGUGCAUAUUUUAUAUGGAAUAUCAUACUUUAACUAUUUUAAGUGAAACACUUUUAUUUUGUGGCAGCAUAGUUUAUUGGAAAACAACUUUAAAUUGUGUUCUUUUAUACUUGCAACAUUAUUUUAGAAUGAGCUCCUUUUACGAAGAAGAAACUGAUGCUUUGCCAAAUAAUCACCCGAAAGGUUUGGCUGAUGAAUUACACAACCAUGCUCCAACCCCCGAGGAAGCUCUUGAAAAAAUCGCAUCUGAAAUGAAGAAUUUCAUCUUAGAAUGGAAAAGUAAAUUUCAGGAGUCUAGAAAUGCCGAAGAGGCUGCUCUUGCACAGCUCGACAAUACAAUUAAAAAAGUGUAUAAUUUGGAAGCUGAAUGCUUAAAGGAACGGUUAUACUUCGUAAAUCGAAUCCUUGAAGGCAGAAAAUAACAUUAUAAAAGUACUAAAACUGACUUGUUUUUGUUGGUUCGUUUGAAGUCAACGAAUCGCUGAAGGAUUUUUUGCAAUUGCAUAUCUUUUAAACACUGUAAAGACUUAAAUAACGGAAAAAGCUUUUACGAAUAAAUUAUUUUUAACUGUGUUCAAAAUCAGUGUAAUAUUAUAGCUUCUAAUGUGAAGAAACCAUAUGCUAUUAUAUCAUUUAUUUUAAAAUGUUCAUAAUGACAUCAUAA